ACUUGAUCAGCUAAACCUUGCUGGCAGCAUGAGAGCAGUACUAUGACUACGGCUUUUUUCAGAAAUACUGCAACCUGGAAUGCCAUGCCUAGCAUUUAAAGUUCUGAAGAGCUUUGACAGAAAUAAAGAGCACAAUGGGAAAUACUGUGAAAACUCCAAGAGCAUCUGAGGAGACAAACAUGCCCAGCCAAACGGGUCAGGAGAGUGACUUCCUUGCUGUUCUCUAUGACUACCCUUCAGCAGACAUAAGCCAACCUAUAUUUCAUGUAGGGGAAAAACUACGUGUGCUAUCAGAUGAAGGAGGCUGGUGGAGAGUCCAUUCCCUUACAACAGGUCGAGAAAACUAUAUUCCAGGCAAAUAUGUUGCAAAGGUUUAUCAUGGUUGGUUAUUUGAAGGGCUGGGAAGAGAAAAAGCAGAGGAGCUUCUACAGCUACCCAACACCAAGGUUGGCUCCUUCAUGAUCAGAGAGAGUGAAACUAGGAAAGGGUUAUAUUCCUUGUCAGUGAGGCACAGGCAAGUGAAACAUUACAGGAUCUUCCGCCUCCCGAAUAACUGGUAUUACAUCUCUCCACGGCAAACCUUCCAGUGCCUUGAAGACCUUGUCAAUCACUACUCAGAAGUUGCUGAUGGUCUCUGCUGUGUCCUUACGACACCUUGUCUCACCCAGUGCACUAACAACAACACCAUGAUGAAUCCAGUUCCUCCUGUGGUGAUGCGGAAUAAAAAUUUCAACUGGAGAAACAUUCACAGGCUGGAGGUGACUGAAGAUACCAAAAGCACCUUGGCAGCAAUGGAUGACUCUUGCCUCAGCUAUGGCCUGAGGGAAAGCAUCGCUUCCUACCUCUCCCUAACUGAGGAUGACAACACUUCCUUUGCAAGUGCCAGAAAGAAGAAAUCCCAAUCUCUCAUAUACACAGGGAGCAAAUAUAAGAGUGCCCUCCACUCGCCACCUACGUACUAUGACGACUAAAUAUAAGACAAACAGGAAAAACCCGAAAACUGAUGAGUUAGAAGGGAAACCAGAGCAUCCUGUGGUCCUGCUGUCCUUCUGCAUCUGAGAAAUACAAUCAGCUAAGCUGGUGACCAAACACCAGCAGUGCUUCUGCAUUUCCUCUUCUGAAUGUUAACCAGAGCCCUUCUCAAGGCUGCUAUCUCAGCCACGAAAUAUGCUGGGAUUGUCCCCAGUGCACCAGAACUGGUUCACAAGCAGGAUAAACUGAGAUAAACUCUAAGACAAAAGCCAAGUGGUGCAGGUGACUCUUCAGCAGGGGUGAUGCCCAGCACUGUACAGAGGUGACUGCAUAGGGAAGGACUAACUGCAGCUCAGGAAUUUAAUUUAAGUCUUACUCUGGUAUUCUCAUCAAGGCUGAAAACCUUCAUUACAGAAACUAUCUACACUGAAAAAAAGGAGCAUUUUUCUUCUCAAAAUAGACUUAUCCAUUAUCGUCGAGAAUGGGUCAGAAAGACAUCAAUAACCCCAGAAAGUAUCGAACAUCCAGCAUCCAAGAAACACCUGAUUAUAGUGACUCCAUACUUUUAGAAGAAAAAAAUUAAAAUCACUGACUUUACAAGUAGGAUUUCAUUCCCUUGCUAGCAAUGGCCUGCAUUGUCAUAAAAUAGUUACGUAAUUAAGAACAGGCAUAAUUCACUGAGAAAAGCGGGUCCUGCUUAUACCUGAGAUAGGAGUUCAGGCAUAUCCAAGCAUGUAACUCAGCUGCUCACAGUAAAGCAGAUAAAAGGUUUAAUUAAACAAAGGGGUGUUUAAUUAAAAAGUAAGAUGUGAUGAUAUUGUGCCUAACUGCAAAGGUUGGCUUGCAAAGGUAUGACCUUUUAUGUGUACAGGAAGAUAUUUUAACUUUGACUUCUGAAGUCAGCCACAUAUUUAUGUAUAAUAUUUAUAUUAAUAGCAGCUUUUAAAAUAAUUAAACUAAGGGAACAAAUCAGUAACAGUGGAUGUUAGAGAUUUUUCCUAAUUUCUUGCCUGAUGAGAGUUAUGUCAAAUAGCAAUUACAGCUUCCAUCAAACCACUUAAGGAUUAGAGGGUUUUCUGAAAUUUCAUUUAUUUUUCACAGGCAUGUACCAUUUUCUAAGUGAUAAAAGAACAAGUAGCAUUUUCCUUCAAACCUGCUUGUGAUUGCUUUCCAAACCGAGCAAUCACUCUUUUCUGAGUGUGUAAAAUACUGCAACCUGAGAUAUGCUCUCAAGCUGAGAUAGUUUCAAUCCAAUAUUCUCUUGUACCUUUUUGCACAGAUUUGAAUGAUGAAGGUUUUGAGAAAUAGAGAAUUGGAGAGGUUAUAUAUAUAUUUAAUAUCUAAACACCUCUUAGGACAAACCUAUGUGCUUUUUAGAUCUUGUAUCAGGUCAUUUGCACUAGCAAGAAAGGUUGAGAGAUCAAAAUAUUUCACAGCCUGUUUAAACAUAUUUCAGGACUUAAAAGAAUGAAUGUAAUUUGGGUGGUAAACAUUGAACUCCAAAAAGCAAAACACACUCAGGAAC